UAUCAAUUUGGAUUUUUUAUUUGUGGUUGCUAGACCUGGACAAACUUUUGUAUUUUCCUUAUAUUCUGAGUCUAGGAUGACUGGAGAAGUCACAUAAUUUGUCUAAAAAAAGAAGAAUUCAAGAUGAGUGAUGGCAGCCCAUUAUUGAAUGACUACAAAAGUGAGUUUGUUUGGAAACGAAUCCCACAAACAUUAUUUGGUGGGCUAAAACUCAGACUAGGCUACGAUGCCCCAGCUUAUGUGUAUUUAAACCAAAUAGUACUUUGGCUGUUACCAUGGCUUUUUGGUGGGGUAUUUACCCUUUUAGUGGAGUUAAAUGUAAUACACUACACCAUUGGGAUGUAUGUGUAUGGUGCUUUGAUGACCAUCUAUGUAAUAGUAGUAAACAUCAUAACACUUGUAGUUCAGACAAAAAGCUCUGCAAUCUCUCCAUUGAGCAAUACAAACAAUCUAUUAGCUGAUGAUGAUGAAAUUGAUUUUACAUCUUGUUGCGGGGUACAAACAUUUGAGUUCGUGGUACCUGGGAAAAAAUACAAAAUUAACAUUGUGCUUCAUGGAUUGUUAUCAGGGCCUCUAUGCGCCUUAGGAUUCUGGUACCUGUUACCUCAGACUUUAUCUGGCUUGUAUGGGAGUGUAGCUGGGACUGUGAUACUGUACAUAUUGGGAUGGAUCACCCUGUUAAUUGCUCAGUACUCACUUACUGUGGGGGCCCCACCGGAGACUGCUGUAUUCAGGACACUGGACAAUUAUGAGCUGACUCCACUAAUGAGGCCUUUCUAUGUUUAUCUGUUCUUGGCAAUUGAUCUCCUUGCAAGAUAUUAUCCUGAAUUUCUGGUGACCAAUCAGGUGUUACAUAUUGUAUUUGUGUUCCUUCCUCUGCUUUGGAUGCUGGGAAUAUUACCUCCUCUGGAUGCAUGUUUCUUCUGGAUCUUUGAACAGUCUCUUGUUCUUCUGUUUGGGGGUACCCCAAUGGCUAGUGAUAUUAGGUUGAUGACAAUGUUGGUGCUCUCUGUUGGUGUUUAUCUUGCCGUGUACUUUGUCCCUCUGGGUACUGCUACUAUAGCAAUAAUGUCAUCUAUGGGGUACAUCCUCAGUACUGAUCUCGGAGGUCUAGGAUCUCAACUUUUAAACAUUUGCUCAAAACAGAAAAACACACAAGAUGAAACUUUAUCAAUAUCCACUUCGUUUCUUUGGAGAUGGACAUGGAAGGAGGUACUCUUUCAUGUUGCUAUGACAACAGUUGCUACAGGUGUCGCUAUAGUGAUCCAUGUAUAUAUAAACAACAUAACAAGUGAUAUUGUACAGGUUAUUGGAUACACCAUUGUUGGUGUGCUUGUGAUACAGAAAUUAUUGUGCAGUUUACAAAGUGUAUAUGUGGGGUGUGGACUUGUAAGAAACAAGCUGUACCCAGCAAGUGUAGAAAGAAAGACUAUCUUCAAGAAAGCAAAGAAAAGACUUAAGGCACUAGGAUAUACCAACAGAGUUAUCUUAGAUAUAGUGAGCCCUGCAUUGCUGGUUGCCUAUGUUACUAUGAUAGGAGGUAUACCAGAGCUUGGAGGUGUAGUUGUCACUCCCCUCACACCCCUAGCUGUUAUGGGACUAAUGAGGACAUAUAGAGCAGCUUGGCAGUGUACUCCACAGUGCCUCUUAGAUCUCACCAUAUACACUAUUGCCUCAUUGGCUUUUCCUAGUGAUGUCACAUGGGUUGCUAUGGAAACGGGUAUCAAGUUAUUAAUCGUUGCAAUAGCCAGAGACAGAAUUCUGCAAUUCUUGGACAAGAUUUAUUUUUAUUUUGUUCUUUUCAUCACAUCAUGGAGCGACAAAAAACAACGAAGAAAAUCAACAGUUCCAAUGAUGGUGAUAUCCAUCUUGCUGUUCCCUUUCAUACUUAUUGUCAUAGCAACAGCAACUGUCAUGGCGGCACCUCUACUUCCUCUAUUUACACUCCCUGUGUUUCUGAUUGGCUACCCUCGACCAAUCAGAUCAUGGCCUGGGGUAGUUGGAUCUUCUGCCAAUGUCAAUCCUGAUACUGUAUAUUACAAGCAAUUUGCCCCAUCUAUUACAAAAGCUCUAAGGGAGGCAUUUGCAAAUGGCAGCUUAGGUGACCCAACUGUUGGGAAGCACUUCUUAAUGAGGUUCCAGGACAGGAUGGCCUGGGUGAUGAUUCUAGAGAGAGGCUACUCCUAUUGUACCAUCAAUAUAAAGGGACUUGAGUUACAGGAGACUUCAUGUCAUACUGUAGAAGCAGGGAGACUGGAUGAUAUGUUUGACACAACAUUUGAUCAGGAGGGGGGAAUUUUUAAUAAGUACCCAGCAAACGUUUUAACCCCUACUGAUGCAGCAUAUGUGAAUACAUACUCCGAUGCUAAGAAUGUACUCACAGGGAUUAUAGACUCACCAGAUUUACUCGCUAUGAUGAAAUCCAGCUUUUUAAAAUGUUUCAUAUGGGAACUACUUCAUCAUAAUGUUAAAGCGAAAUCCCAAGGAAAGUUAUCAACUCCUCGACCUGCCACUAAGGCUCAAUCAAGAACUAACAUUCCUGGCAUUGGCGAACAUGAAACAUUCUCACCAAGAACUGAUAAAUCGAGGACUGAUGGCACUAGGACUCAAAGCUGGCAAAGUAUCCAAGUGAGACCUGCACCAGUGAGUGUUAAUAACUCAAGUGUUAAUGAUAACACAAAUGCCAGGAAGAACAAUAAUGCAGCCAAUGAAUUGCCACCUUUGGAAGAUGACUGGCCUGAAUCUCGUCCAAGUACUGCAGGAUCUCACAGAAACCGACCAAUGUCAGCUAAAAGUUUCGCUAGCAGUGUAUGGUCAGAUGACAAUGAUUCCCUUAUGAUGGCUCCUAUUGGGAACAAAAAUAAAGUGAAUCUCACCGAAGCUAUGAACAAAAAACAACAUACCAGCUCCCCUUUAAAGGCAUCUGCUCAAGAUUCUGGUCGAGGACAAAGUUCUGAGCUGCCAGGAAGUAUCAUGGAUGUAAAAGACGAUUAUGACCCAUUUGAUGACAUGGCUUUUGGCCUCCCAGUUAUUGAUAUUAACGCAUCACAUAAACCUUCUCCCAAUCCAUUAUUUAACAAAACUCCGGCCAGUCAGAACCAAUACAAACCAAUCACCAAUCUCGCUGGCUCCAUGCAAUUCUCAAGUCCUUAUUCAUCAAAGCUUAGCCUACCACUUAAAUGGCGAGAACUUCCAAUGGACCAAGACACGAUCAACAAGCACCUUGAGUUAUUUCCAAAGGAGUGGUACCAUCAUGUGUUAAAGUGCCUUGACCUGGAAGUGAAUGGUAAGAGCUCAGAGGAGGUGGCAGCUGAGCUACAAGAUGAUGAGAUCCUUACUGGGAUAUACGCACAACUCACCAUGGCCUGCUAUGCUGUCAUCAAUGUGUUAGGUGUGGCAGGCAGUGAUGUAGUAGACAUGGGGCCCUACCAUGUAUACAAGCUUUACACUGGGGAGAUACCCUGGUCACAGGCCUCUGAAUGGAUUUCAGAAGAUGAUGAUCUCAAAACACUAGUUGUCAAAGCAUAUAGACAUGCUGUUAAGUUAAGCAUAGAUCAGGUGUUACUGGGGGAGGCAUCCGAUCAUGCAGAGCUACAGGAAUACAUGGAUGAGUAUGAAAGGGACUGGUAUAUAGGUUCUGAGACCGACCCUCGAUGGGGAGAAGCUGUACUAAAGAACAAACCUCAACUCUUCUCACUUGGACAUAAUCCUGUACAGGGUACAUAUACAAGUAGGACCCUCUCCUCUCGAGAUGUUGAGGUAUAUAUAGGUAGACUGAACCCUGAAGUUGUAAGAGGAAUGUGGGCCAAUGUGAACCUGGAGCUGUUGUACAUGACUAACGAUGAUGAGGAGAGAUAUAGUAUACAGGCACAUUCUACAGUACUUAGGAACUUGAAUGUACAGUCAGCUGACCCACCACUAGGGUAUCCUAUAUACUCAUCUCCCCCAAUAUCUGUACCAACAUUUUAAAUAUGAAGGAUUUUAGGAGAGAUAUAGCAGGGUCAGGCACAAUAUGAUGCACUGAGGAACUUGAAUGUACACUCAGCGGAUCCACUCAUGGAGGAACUGCCUGUGUUUGAGUUCACUAAGAUCUUUUGAAAAUCUUACUUAAGUCGAACUUAGGCAUUUCCUCCAUUUUAUUCAAAGUAACUACACAUUGUUGAGGGACAGUCAGACAGUGAACAUUGUAAAUAUGGUUGAUCCUACUGUUAAGUCUUUGCCUCAAGAGACACAUUGAAAUGCAGAGUCUCGUGUUUCAGAAUACAGUACUUAAAAUGAUUUGUCCAAUUAUUUUAUAUUCGUUGAUCUUUGACAACAUUGCCAAAUUAUAUAUGGAGUCAUAAAAUAUAUAAUAAUUACUAUGUUAUUCUCGGUUUCAAUCAUUAAAUCAAAAACUUUGAUCUGAUUUGUACAAUUGAGAAUGACACUGAGAUUGAUGGUACAUAUUGAUAUUAUGAUUGAAUGCCAAUGAUUGUAUGCCAAUGAUUGAGUGCCAAUGAUUGAAUGCCAAUGAUUGUAUGCCAAUGAUUUUUUAAUAGAAUGUACUCACAGUAGGCAAUUAUUAUUCAACUCAGUGUGUUCCUUAUGUGU